UGUCAUUGAGAAGUAAACAAACUAUAUAUAUUUAUAUUCACUUUGCAAGACCAUAUUUAUCAUAUUAUAUGAUGGCAUCCGAAAUUACUCUAGAUGAGAAAUUUUUGGAGCUUCAAAACGCAAAGAAGCCGACCCAAAACUCACACCCCAAGAUCCAAAAGGUUCCACAGAAUCUCCGAAAUAGAAAUAAAUAUGACAACAAAUACUCACCCAAGGCGGUGUCAAUAGGUCCCAUCCAUCAUGACAAUAAAAAUCUCAAGAUAGGAGACAACUAUAAGCUCACUUUGGCAGCAAAAUACAUCCAAAGCACCCAACACACUCCACAAUUUCUACACAAAAAGAUUGCCGAUAACAUUUCUAAACUUAAGGAUCUUUUUGCCGACGAUGUUUUAGCUUUAGUCAGUAACUCAGAGUCUCUACAAGGUUUCCGCAGCGAUGAAGAAAAGCUGUCAUGGCUGUUGUUCGUGGAUGGAUGUUUUUUGCUGUGCAUUUUGGACUUUGACAAUACUCAAUUUGUUGAUGAUGAAGAUAUGAGUAUGAAGUUUACUCAACUUUUAGUUCAAAUGAUGACGGAUGUGCUUUUGUUGGAGAAUCAGCUUCCAUAUUUAGUACUAAAGCUGUUGUGGAAAAAUGACAACGAGAAGGAAUUGAUAGACAAGAUGUACUAUUUUCUCCAAGAAUGGGAUAUGGCCAUACGGGAUGAUGAGAGCCGGAGGAUGCCAGGCAUUCUAGAGAAAUUAUGUACUAUUUUUCAAAAGACAAAACAAGAGCCUGCAGAGGAUUUACCAAAUGAGCCACAACCACCAAUUCAUCUUCUUGAUCUUCAGCGAUCAACUCUUGUUGGAAAAUCCAAACCUAAGGAAGCUGACGAGAUACAGGAACAUAGAAGAACUAACCACAAUAGGAAUACAACUUAAAUCAAGCGGGACACGAAUGCCAUUUGAUGCAGAUUUGUCUGAGGGUUGGUUUGCAGCAGAAUUGAUUCUUCCUGAGAUUGUUGUGGAUGAUAUCACAAUUGCUGCUUUCCUGAACCUGACAGCGUAUGAGAUGUGUCCGGAUUUUGAGAACGACUACAGAAUAUGUUCAUUUGUGGUUUUCAUGGACUCGCUCAUUGACCAUGCUGAAGAUGUGAAGCAAUUGAGAUUAGAGGGUAUUUUGGGGAAUUUACUUGGGAGAGAUGAGGAAGUUGUUGAUCUUUUCAACAUCAUAAGUUCUGACUUGGAAAAUAACUCAUAUAUAUAUUGUGAGGUUAAAAAUAAAAUACAUGAGCAUCGCUUUAAAAAAUGUAAGAUUUGGUUAGCGUUGGGUUAUCACACUUAUUUCAGCAAUCCUUGGGCUAUCAUUGGUUUCAUUGCUGGGGUAAUUGCACUUGUUCUCACAUUCCUUCAAACAUGGUUUUCCAUUAAACCGCGCUAGCUAGCUCUUAAACAUGGUUUGUUGUGGUAUUUCUUUAAUCACUUAUUGAGUCUUCACUGUUAGUAUCUCACAAAUGAAGAGUGUCUUUUGCAUUGUAUAGUGUGUGACUUAUUGUUUGUUUUUUUUAAGAGGUGUGUGGUUAAAUUCAA